AAAUCGACAUUCCGGAGCAAAACCGGUAAAAAAUGUUUUACCGCCAUUUUCAACCCAGUCCGAAAACGAAGGUGAAAUAGAAAUUGUAAAAUUAGGCACAAUGGACAGCCACGGCCUCUUAAGUUUUGUUAAGAGGAUCAUCCACUCUCUGGUAGUUUCCACACCAGAAGUUGUGACCAUCGAGAGUUUGCAUCGGGACUAUGUAAAAGAGGAAGGCAACGGAGUGCCCUAUAGCAAGCUUGGAUUUCGUGAUCUAGAGAGUUUUUUGCGAAGUAUAAGCGAUACUGUAGUUGUUAUGGGCUAUGGACCAAUGGCCCGGGUGCUGGCUGUUUCUAAAGCGCAAACUGCUCACAUUCAGCAAUUUGUGCAAUGUCAAAAAAAACCAAGCAAAAAGCCAAAGAGGAACGGUAGAGGUAAACCAACAUAUUUCUACCCAUCUCAACGGUCCAAUCUGGUGUUUGUAAAUGCAAAACCCAGACUACCGCCACCUACUGCCAAUAGAUACUCAUCCCAAGCGUGCCCCAAUCAGAAUGUCUCGCAAUAUCACGAUGUGGCCUAUCACCGUUCCAGGCCUCAGGAAUAUCGUAAUAAUCGGGUGGAUAAACCAAUAUCCAAACCUAAUCCCAACCUCAAUCCUUACGUGGCUAAGAAACAAUUCCCUGAACCCAUUAUACAAAAAACAGUGGCCAUCAACAACAACUACCAGGUUGAGAAGCCCAUAAUUAGAUCCAACUCAAUUGAGGCAAUAAACCAAUCCCUGAAAGAACUGACUAUCGAGAAAGAUAAAACAUCAGAUGAGAUCGAAGAAAUGGCCAGGUGGAUUACUAAUAACGAGAAUUUAAAUGGAAAUUCAAGCGAAGAAGACGUAGCUGAAUUUCAAAAUGAUAAUUGGCUUUCUAAGGAGGAUCACCAGAAUGAAAAUUCAGGCAAUAAAGAACAUGAUCACAAUUGGCUUCCUAAUAAAGCUGAAUUGAACGAAGAUUCAAGCGAGAAUCAUAACGAAAGUUGGCUACCUAAUAACGAUCAAAUAAAUAAAGAUUCAUGCGAUGAAGUCCAGGAGAAGAUACAUGAUUGGCUUUUAAAUAAAUAUAAGCUGAAAAAAGAUUCUAGUUGGGAGGAGCAGCCAGAAACUCAAAUAAAAGAAGAUGCUGCAAAUGCACCGCCUCCAGAUUUGUUGCUUUCGGACUAUGAGUCAACGGAUGAGGGCAUCGAUGAUGAGGAUGCCAUCCCAUCUUAUGCAGUAGAUGAUCGUGUUAUAAAUCUGUCAUAUCCCAGAUCCGCUGUGCGCUCUGAUUACAUUAUUCCUAAAACCAAUUUAUUCACAUCGGUUAAACCAGGAGAACGCAUUCAAGUGCAACUAUUGGAGAUUAAUAAUCCCCAUAGCUUUCAGUUUUGGAUUCAUGAUAGCAUCUACGAUGAUUACUUGGCCAUGUUUAAUAACAUGCAGAGAGCCUACAAUGCUCUUAACUCUACGGAAUUUGUGAUGCCACUUUUCCUAAUCACCACGGGUCAUCUGUGUGCUGUCCGCUCGACAGGUGUCUGGGAGCGUGCUUGUGUUGUUAACUACAAACCUGGCAAUUUAGAGAAUACCAUUGAAGUUAAACUCAUUGAUACGGGUCACACUGUGUGUGUGAGUCCAGAAGAAGUUCAUUAUCUGCAUCUAGAUUUUGCCAUAUUGCCAUCACAAUGUUUGAGUGGACGUCUGGCCUAUGUGAAACCCUGGAAGGGCUUAUCCUGGUCAGCAGAAGCUGUAAAAACAUUCUUCGAUCAGGUUAACAGUCGCGUCCUCUAUGCCAAAGUUGAGCACAUUGAGGAGGAUUCUGUAUACUUGGUGUUGCUUGACCCUGCAAAAAAACAGGAGAAACGAACAAAAAAUAUCAAUAUAAGAAUGAUUGAGAGUGGCUGGGCCCGUCGCUGUUACUCGCCUUAAAGUAUACAAUGAUUUAAUGAUUUAGAGAAAUAGUUUUUUGUAAGUUCUUUGACAAUAAUUAGAAAAUAUUGAAUUUCAGGUGUUUAGUUUAACAAUUUUCUUC